CACAGAAAUCUCGACCUCUAGAUAUAAAUAUAUAGGGUACGACACGAUUUAUUUUAGUAUUCAUUUCGGAGCAAGAGAAGGGAUAGGAUGCAAAUAAUCGCCUUUAUAGCUGUUCUUCUGGGGGCAGUUUCUGCCCAUCCGUACUAUCGGGAUUCCUUCCCUAAUGGGUACUCUGUGCCGAACCCCUGUGGAGGCGGUAUAUGGGAGGCUGUAGGUCACUAUGACCCUCAUCAUCACACCAUAAACAAGAACAGAUUCGGACAGGCAUUCUCCGCCGCCGGUCACACUUGGACCAAGGCCCUGUGCAUGGCGGACAGUGACGGCGACGGCAAAACUAACGGAGCUGAACUCGGGGACCCGACAUGCGCCUGGGUGCAGGGUGGAGUGCCCGCCGGCCGUGCUACCGGACAUCCGGGAAUCUGCGAGCCAGUGGGGUCUUGCGGAGAUGGGUUCACUUGCAACUGCCAUGGCGCCAAUUGUGUUGGAAAAUAAGCGUCCGCAUAAAAAACUGCCUUGCCUGUUAUGGAAUUUUUGGAUACAUCUGUGAUAAAUGUGCUAUAAACACUUUUAAAAACAGAUGACAUUCAUUGGAAAUGACUUCCCUUUACAUCAAAUACGGUAUUCCACUAUUAAUAAGUGCAUUUGCAACUCUUGCGGAUUUUUUUCUCAGACAUUCCUUUAAACAUGUGUCUAUUGAUCGCGUAAAUAAAGUUGAAUUCAAUUUGUAAUAGCAUAACCUCUUAUUUAAGAUUUUACAUAAUUUGACAUGUGCUAUAAGAUGAACAUAUUUUGACUUGUGCUAUAAAAUGAAAAUAAAAAAAUACGUGUGAUUGUUUACAUGGCUUCGAAAAAAUACAUACAAAGGAAGUUACCUUGCAAGUCUCGUAACGGUCCUUUUUUAAAACAUGUCGCUUUUUCACACAAAAUUCAUGAUUUUUUUAGUUUAUUGUCUUACCAAAUCCGAUGUUAAAAACCACAGGGUCUGUCAACAUGCGUUUAGCAAUACCGCUAAUCUGUUUAAUUGGAGCAUAAUUAUUGAUUAUUAUUCAAUGUCUUUAUGACUUGUUAUGCUUCUGUGAUAAUGCGAGAAUUUUUUAAUUUAAAAAAAUCUGCUUUGUUGUUCAUACUACAAUAAAUUGCUCCGCGUCUAAGAACGUUAUGAAUAAGCCCAAGUGAAAGUUAGGAUGUUAAGAUAUGCUUGCAGAUGAAUUAUUUUUUUUAUAUAAGUAAACAUAGAGAUAAUUAAAUCAUAUUCCCAGAUGUGUCCAUUUAUCUGCUCGAGGUUAAAUACAAAAUACCCACAUUCUGUGUAAAAAACAUAUGAAUUGUUUUGUUCAAAACUGGUUGAUAUAUUCACAAGGAAUAAGAGUGCACUUACAUGCAUUCAUUUAUAGUUUCAUAUACACACCUUGCAUACUAUUUUGGAGUAUAUGGGACUUAAUUACUCUAUAACAUGAAUGUGCAUUAUUGUUUUGUUUUGUUUUAUAUUUUGAAAAAAGAUCGGUUGACAGAUAUUGUCGAUAGGGGCCAUGCUUUUUUUAAACUCCUGGAUUUAAUUUUGCAAAACGUUUGAGCUCUUAAACCGCUUGACAUAGUGUGAAUUUGGCGCGACGUCGUUCGACAGCGCCGCGAACAGAGUCACGUUCAGUAGACGUCAUCAUUACUGUUACUGUUGUUAUUAUGAUUCAUAUAUUUGAACGUAAUUAAAAAAUGUAAGGUUGA